CAAAAAUAGCCGGUGUGCCAGUCAGUGCGGCGAUGUCGACGGCGAACGACGUUUCGACGGUACGGUUCGGCCGGUGGUGGUGGUGCUGGCGGAGACGAAGGAGGAGUACUACCUGCGGGUCAACGACGAUGCCGACCGGAUACGCGACGACCAUCGUCCUUCUCGGUGUCGUCGCGGUGUUAUGCACCCUGCUGGGCACCGUGGACGCCGUCGCCAGGACGAAACCGGACGAGCCCCGGUCCAAGAGUGGCCAAAAGGAGGCCGAGCCUGUCAUCGAGGAAGUUAAUGCGAAACAGCUCGAGCGACUCCUCAACGAGAAGGAUUUUGUUGCCGUGUACUGGUAUGCGAGAAGUUGCACGACAUGUGACAAGGUGUUGUCCGAGCUCGAGAAGAUCGACGACGAUACGGAUCACUUUGGGGUGGACUUCGUCAAGAUCAACGACAAACGUCUGGCCAAGCAAUAUGGUAUCAAGAACUUCCCAGCGCUCACGUAUUUCCGCGAGAAGGAACCGAUCAUCUACGAAGGUGACUUGAUGGACGAAGAAAACGUGCUGGACUUCCUGACGAGUCUAGAAGCGAUGGACCUGCCCGAUCGCAUCGAAGAAGUAAACGCAAAGAUCUUGGAGAAGAUCGUCGAGGAUACGGAAUUCGUGGCAGUCCUUUUCUGUCCGGAUACGCAACGAUGCGCUGGCGUUGGUUCUAACAAGCCUGACUGCAAAAAGUGUCUGAAGGCCCUUCAAGAACUGGAGAACAUCGACGACGAGGCCGAUCAACUGGGUAUCGGUUUCGUGAAGAUCGCCGACGAACAACUCGCCGACGAGUACAAUCUAGGCCCUCUUCCGGUUCUGGUCUACUACAGGCAUCAGAUUCCUAUAAUUUACGAGCAUGAGCUUAGCAGAGAGGAGGACGUACUAGAAUGGCUGGUAGCGAACAAGAGCACGGGUGACGAAGAGGACGUGAUCGAGGAUGUGACUGCGAAGACUCUGCAUACCCUGAUCGGGAAUAUCGACAAUCUAGUUGUUUUAUUCUACAACCACGGUGACGAGGAUUCGAUGCAAGUGCUGACCGAGCUCGAGAAGAUUGACGACGAUUGCGACAAGCACGGGAUACAAUUCGUGAAAAUCGACGACGAGAAAGCUGCGAAGGACUUUGGAAUCGACUCGGUACCGGCGAUCGUGUACUUCGAGAAACAAAUCCCGAAUCUUUACGAUGGGGACGUGGAGAACGAAGACGAAAUUUUAGAGUGGUUGCUGUCGCAGUUGGAGAAGGACGAGAUCGAGGAUGUCACUGACGAGAUGUUGGAUCGUUUGGUCAAGGACGGAAAAACCCUUGCCGUUCUAUUCUACGACAACAACGACCGAAAAUCGCAAAAGGUUCUCAACGAACUGGAAAAUAUCGACGACGAGUGCGAUCAGUUGGGGAUAAUCUUCGUGAAGAUCGACAACACGGAGGAAGCAAAGGAAUACGGUAUCGAAAAGAUCCCCAGCAUGCUCUACUUCGAGAAAGGAAUACCAACACUGUACGAAGGGAACCUAGAGGACGAAGAGAAGGUUCUGAAGUGGCUGGAGGGUCAACAGAAAAGCGAUCAGAUCGAAGACAUCACGGAUGAAAUGCUCGAUAUGGUCAUCGAGAAGAUGCCUCAUGUAGCCGUCCUCUUUUAUGACAAGGAUCAGAAGAAAAGCCAGAAGGUCCUUGGUGAAUUGGAGAACAUCGAUGACGACUGUGACCAGCAUAAUAUAGCGUUCGUGAAGAUUUCCGAUGUGGAGGAAGCCAGGGAGUACGGAAUCGAUUCUCUGCCUACACUGGUACUCUUCGAGAAAAGGAUACCACACGUGUACGAAGGAGAUCUGAUGAACGAGGAUCAACUGCUCGGCUGGCUGCUGCAUCAGAAGAAACACACAGAGAUACCGGAGGUGACCGACGAGAUGAUGGAGAAGCUGAUUGAGACCUCGCCGUACUUGGCAGUCCUGUUUUACGACAAGGACGACAAGCAGGACAUGCGUAUCCUGAACGAGUUGGAGAACAUCGACGACGAGCUCGAGAAAGAAGGGAUCGUGAUCAUUCGUAUGGACAACGACGCCGAGGCGAAGGAAUACGGCAUCGAUCACCUUCCGACUCUCGUCUACUUCGAGAACAAGAUCCCGGCCAUCUACGAGGGAGAUUUAUUGAACGAGGACGAAGUUCUCGAGUGGCUGGUCGAGCAGAAGAACACCGCCACCAUCGAGGAAGUGACGGACGAGAUACUGGUCGAUUUGAUCGAAGAGCACGAAUACGUUGUCGCGUUCUUCAGCGGAGAUUGCGAGGAUAGCGACGAGUGCGAGAAAGUCCUCGAAGAGCUUGAGAACAUCGACGACGAGCUGGACGAAACUGGGAUCAUUUUCGUCACUACGGAAGACACGGGAUUCGCGAAGAAACACGGAAUCAAAAGCUUCCCCACGCUGGCGUUCUUCAGGAACAAGGAGCCCCUAAUCUUCAAGGGCGAUAUCGAGGAUGAGGACGAGGUUCUUUCGUGGAUCACCGACGAGGACACUCUCGAGAUACCAGGGAAGAUCGAGGAAGUGAAUUCCAAGAUGUUGGAGAACAUUCUUGAGGAGAACGAUUACAUUGUUGUCUUCUUUUAUAAGGAAGGAGACAAGAAGAGCCAGAAGAUCCUGCAAGAACUUGAGAACAUCGACGACGAGUGCGAGGAGAAAGACAUCGACUUCGUGAAGAUCUCGGACGAAGGGAUCGAGAAGGAAUACGAUCUUCCUGGGCUGCCAGCGCUGGCUUUCUACAGGCACAAAUUCCGUCAGGUUUACACAGGUGACAUGAUGCACGAGGAAGCGAUUCUAGAGUGGAUACUGGAGCUCCGAACUCAGACACCGGACGUGAUCGAGAACGUCGACCGGAAAACUCUACAGGUGCUGAUCAACGACGUUGAACAUCUCGCUGUAUUCUUUUACGAUGACAAAUGCGAAACGUGCUCGGAGAUACUCGAAGAGCUGGAGACCAUCGACGACGACACUGACAAACACGGUAUACAAUUCGUUAAGUCGAACGACGCGAAAUUAGCCGCGGAAAUCGGCGUCUUCUCGUUUCCGGCGCUCGUUUAUUACGAGACUGGCGUGCCCAUCAUGUACGACGGUAAUCUUAAGAACGAGGAGAGAGUUCUGGAAUGGCUAAUCGAACAGAAAAGUAAUGAUGAUGAUGAUGAUGAUGAUGAUGAUGAUGAUGAUGACGACGACGACGAUGAAGAUGAUGAAAACGAAGACGAAGAGAGUAAUGAGAAAUUGAACAAAGCCCUGAAGAAAAUCCUGGACAAAGGUAAAGGUCCGACGACAACCGAGGAGGCCGAAGAGGAUUUCACGUGAGAGAUCGAAGUGUGACGGGCUUUGUGUUGUAUAAUGCGCGAAUAUAAAGAAUCACCAAAUAGAAAAGCAAAUAAUAUACCAUGUACAAUGAUAUCCCUGCAGAAAAACAGAUAGAGAUAUACAUGAUUUAUGUAUAUAUCCCACGUAGAGCGAUUCGAGUUGAACGUAACAAGUAAUCUAAAGCGAAAGAUUUGAUUAAUUGGAAAUCUUUUGGGCCGUCUGCUCGCCGUACAUGGCCGAGCUGGUGGCCGUAGGGCGUACCUGCAUGA